CUUGGAUCUAUAAGUGUGGCCAUCAUGUCCGACAAAGAAAACGAGGCUGUUGUAAACCAAUUCGACGACGAAGAGCCUGAUUUCUCCAAGCUCAAGAAGAAGAAGUCCAAGAAGAAGGUCGAUUUUGAUACUGAAAUCGAUGCCUCUGAAAAAGCUGACAAGCCUACGGAGGACGCACCAGCUGACGAUGAUAAUGCUGAUGCUGAUCCCGAUGCUAUGUUUGCUGAUUUGAAAAAGAAAAAGAAGAAGAAAUCCAAGUCGGUAGAGGAUGCUCCUGAAGAGGAAGCUGCGCCAGAGAAUGCCGAAGAAGAUUUAGAUUUCGGUGCCUUGAAGAAAAAGAAGAAGAAGAAGAAAAACAUGGCUGAAUUCGAAGCAGAACUCGCUGAACAGGAAGGCGAGAGCGUUGACACAAAUGCAGAUACCGACGCCACAAAGAAGGUCGAGGACGAAGCAUGGCUGAAGAGUGACAGAGAUUACACCUAUGACGAACUUCUUGGUCGCGUGUUUAACAUUUUACGCAAAAAUAACCCUGAAUUGGCUGGUGAAAAGAAGCGAUACACCAUUGUUCCUCCCUCCAUUCACCGUGAAGGUAACAAGAAGACGAUCUUUGCAAAUGUGGCCGAUAUCUGUAAACGUCUGCAUCGUCAACCUGAGCACGUUAUUCAGUUCUUGUUUGCUGAAUUGGGUACCAAUGGUUCCGUCGAUGGUGCACAACGAUUGGUCAUCAAGGGUCGUUUCCAACAGAAGCAGAUUGAAAAUGUGUUACGACGUUAUAUUGUUGAAUAUGUGACGUGUAAGACUUGUAAGUCGGCUGAUACUAUCUUGACAAAGGACAACCGAUUGUACUUUGUGCAGUGUGAAGCAUGUGGUUCUACCCGAUCAGUAUCUGCCAUCAAGACUGGUUUCAAGGCUCAGACAAAGGAAGAUAGACGUGCAAACAGGGCGUAGAUUGAAUCUCAAAGCAAAAAAUAAAAAAUUUCCUUGCGACC